AUGGACAACACUAGUCCUCAACUAGGUACAGGUAUGGUCCCUGGUCUCGACAAUGCGGAGACUGUCCUUUGGCCCAGAGGUUACCCACUUAGUUAUAUCCGUCGGGACCGGGCAACCACCACAGCGAAGCCCUCUAGAACAUUAGACACUUGGACACGGGAGAUAGCCGUGGUCCAGACCCUGGCCGAUAACGACCCUGAUUUCGAUGCGAUAUACCGCUUAACUCGGCCUCUGCCGGUGGAUUUCCACCAGCUCCUGACAUCGGCAUUCCUCCUGGCUCCUCCAACCUUCACGCCUCUCAAUGCACAGGCGUGUCUCUUCAAGGCGUACGAUGCCCUAUGGGGACUCUACCUCCCCGUCACUGUGAGCAUCUAUCCCUACUCUAUCGUAUGGUCACACCCCGAGCAGGUCCAUGGACGUGUCAGCGACAUAUGGCGGAGCUUCGUCCUACAGAGGCUCCUAUGGGACCUAGGGGCCUCGGUGGCAGUAGCUGGCCGCACCUGGGUCAGACAGCUUAGGAAUUCACACGACUAUCUCGCUGACUUCAUCGCUGAAGACGAUGUGUACAAGAAGGCCGAGGCCAUGAUGAGGUUUUUGGUGGGAUGGAGCCCAACUAGUGGUAACCCUUUCCUUGGGUGCAACUGCGCAGUCCUGGGCAUCAACGGCAUGAUAGGCUCCAACAUCGCCAAGGCUUUGGUUAGACUAUCUUACUCCGAGGACCCCACGAGGCCUCAUUACACUGUGUUCGGGCUGGUGCGGUAUCGGGCUAACCUUGGCAACCUUGCCGGCGUGUUGGAAGACGUCCACCUGACUUAUGGCGAUCUCAGUGAUGCCCAGCGUAUACGGAGUAUCGUCCAAGAGGUCCGGCCGCAUCUAGUGUUUCACUUUGCUGCCCAAGGAAUCAAUGGGGUAUCCUUCCAGUCUGAGUCCCUCACCUAUCAGGCCAAUGUAGAAGGCACCUCUAAUGUGAUGCAGGCCCUUCGAGGUACCUCAGACAGUGUAGACUAUAUAGGCCGGCCUAUUCCCGAGUCGGCACCGAUGAGCCCGGUCUCCCCCUAUGGUGUUAGCAAGGCGGCCACUGAGAUGAUGUGCUUACAGCAGUACAAAGCCCAUGGCACUCACUGUGUGGCGGUCCGCUUGUUCAUUCACGUGUCGCCUGGGGGGACUGAGGCCUUGGCCUUGCAGGAGUUCUGUCGUCAAGUUGCGAUGAUCGAAGGUGGCAAGCAGGAGCCGGUCAUAAGGCAUGGCGCUCUGAAGACUCGACGAGACACAACAGAUGUCCGCGACUCGGCCGAGCAGUUUAUCAAAGUCUUGGAGAGCUCAGCCCCAGGAGAGGUCUAUAAUGUGGGUAGCUUCAUGGGGGAGGCCACUGGGGAGGAUGAGCACAAUGGGGUUGGGCAAUGUGGCCAAGGCUCGUCGUACCCUCCCCACUAG